AUGAACCGACUCAUCAUCGCCGCCUUGGCCCUUCUGGCCGUCAGCGUUUACGCCCAAGAUGACUCAUGUUAUAUCAAUGACUCCGGCUUCACCUGCUGCAACAGAGAUCUUGGUAGGUCGCAGAAAACCCUUCACCUGCACUACACGUAUUUUACAAAAAAUGGAUGAAAUUCGCAUUGUGCAGAUUAUUCAAAUAAGGAAUUUGCACCGUGCAGAUCCCAAGGAAUUUGCACCGUGCGGAUCCCAAAAAAUUGCACUGUGCAGAUCCCAAGAAGUUUGCACUGUGCAGAUCCCAAGGAAUUUGCACCGUGCAGAUCCCAAGAAGUUUGCACUGUACAGAUCCCACGAAAUUUGCACCGUGCGGAUUCCAAAGAAUUUGCACCGUGCAGAUCAAAAGGAAUUUGCACUGUGCAGAUCCCAAAAAAUUUGCACCGUGCAGAUCCAAAGGAAUUUGCACCGUGCAGAUCCCAAGGAAUUUGCACCGUGCGGAUCCCAAAAAAUUUGCACCGUGCGGAUCACAAGGAAUUUGCACCGUGCAGAUUUCUCAAAAAUCGCACUGUGCAAAAAUUCCGAAUCGCUUCCAAACCCAAAAAUACUCCAAAAUGUUUCAGAAAACGCAAUGAAGCAAGCUAUGACCGCCUCCGACCUCCUGGGUUCGGCCGACAGCAUUCAGGGCUCGGCCGAGAAGAUGUUGGGCGGCAAGUUCGAGACGGUCGUCGCCACCGACGACUUCGCCUACAAGUCCCACUUCAAGGACGGGAAGUCGUGCAAGGUCGAGAAGAACGGACAGUACGCCCUCGCCUGGCAACCAUAA